CGCCAGUGGAGGCCUAUAAAUGCUGGGCCCACAGGACGCUGUCAAACUCCUCUGUGAGACUCCUCAGCUUAGCACCCCUUGCUUCUACUCUGCUCAGAGUACAGGAAGACCAGGAACAAAAUGCCGUCACAGAUGGAAGGCAGCAUCAACACCGUCAUCAAAAUUUUCCACCAGUACUCCAGGCGCCAGGACCACCAUGACAGGCUGAACCAGAGAGAAUUCAGUCAGAUGGUGAAAAAAGAGCUGCCCAACUUCCUCAAGAAGGAGAAGAGGGAUGAAAGAGCCAUAAAAGAUAUCUUGGAGGACCUGGACACAAAUGGAGACAAGGAGCUGAGCUUCGAGGAGUUCUCCAUGCUGGUGGCCAGGCUGACGAAUGCAGCCCAUGAGGAGAUGCACAAGCACACCCACAAAGGGAAAGACCACGAGCACGGGCCAGGCUUUGGAGAAGGCCAAAAGUAGGGCGGCCACAGCCACUAAUCAGGAGGCCCGGCCACCCCGUCCCUGCCCAACGAGGGCACCAGUGCUGUGUGCCACAUGACCUUAGCUUCAGGGCUGAGGGCUGGAGUGAAAUAAAGUGUUACUUCAAGCCAA